CGUGAGAGACUAGGCGGCCUGCAUCCGGCAGCCGCGGUGCAUUGUGGUAAGAGGCGUCGUUGGGAGUUUGUGCUUCGCGCCUGAGCCCGAGCGGAACGAGUCGCCAUGUCUCAUACAAUUCUCCUUGUUCAGCCUACCAAACGACCUGAAGGCAGGACUUAUGCAGAUUAUGAAUCUGUAAAUGAAUGUAUGGAAGGAGUCUGUAAAAUGUAUGAAGAACACCUGAAGAGAAUGAAUCCUAACAGCCCUUCCAUUACAUAUGAUAUUAGCCAGUUAUUUGAUUUCAUCGAUGAUUUGGCUGACCUUAGCUGCCUUGUCUAUCGUGCCGAUACUCAGACAUACCAGCCGUACAAUAAAGAUUGGAUAAAGGAGAAGAUCUAUGUUCUUCUCCGCAGACAAGCUCAGCAAGCAAGCAAAUAAUGGGGCACAGAGGGAGGGGCGUGUACAGCAUUCUGUAGUGAAAGUCUUGUAUUGUAGUCCACUGUUCAUUCUUAUAAGCCUACGACUAGGACUGAGUCAGUUAGAACUGUAAGAGACUUGUUCAUUUCCAGAAGAAAAUGUCUUUUACAUGAAUUUAGUUUUUAAUUUUUCACUUUACUUAGUUUUAUUUUGUUCAGGGUCCUUAAGAUUAUUCACAUCUCCUUCGCCAUCAUUGCUAUAUGUACUCCUCAGAGAAGGGGAGAUCAAUAGUAUUACUUGGAGGCAGUGAAAAAUCAUAAUGAACAAUAAAAUAAAUGCUCUUUAGUUAAACAUGUUGAGUGAUGGUUUUAUAAGCUGAGUAUAUAACUUGUAGACUGUUCAUUUAAAAAAAAAACCUGUUAAUAUAUUUUCCAGUUCAUACUGGAUUCUUAAUUCACACAGUAAGCCAGAUUGCGUGUGACUACAAUUUGUUGACUAGAUUUACACAACAUAUUAAAGUAUAAACCAGGAAUGGGCAAUCCUGUCACUUCUCAGCAUUCUGCACUGCCAAAUUUUGGUGAUAAAAUUGUCACAUUUUGGUAUUUGUGAUUCCCCCCCCCUCAGUUCUAAAAAUUAGGAUUAACAUGGAUGAAGCUUCUGGAUUUCAUCUCUGGUAUUGCCCCUCCUCUCCUUUAAACCAAUUCAGAAUUCAUAUUUUUGGGGUUGAUUAUACAUAAACUUGGCAGUUUGGUAGGAUUUAAAAAUGGAAAUAGCAUAUUUGUGGGAAUCGUAAUGCUUCCGUUUUACCUUGCACUAGGCUACCAGAUUAUUAUUGUUUAUUAAAUUUAUACGCUGCUCAUCUUGUGGUUCAUGGUGACUGGCUUACAGUGUAAUAAAACAUACAGAUAGAAAAACAAUUGUAAGUAUAAAAACAUUAAAAUUACAAAAGAUU